CCUCGCUCCAGGCAAACUCGCUUUUCGUGUAGGGGUAGAGCAAUAGUAGCGGUCCUCUGGGUAGGCCUCGUCUUCGUAGAACUUCAGACCGCAUUUCAUGCCGAGACCACCUGCUUUUCGGAACAUUUUUUGCAGCUUAAUGCCCCAAUUUCCUUUGCUUCCCCAACUCUGUUGGGGCCGUCGCUUUCUUGUUGCCCAACAAAGUUACGUCGAAAACUGUACACUUAUAGAUACGUAGGAGUCCCGUUUUCGCAGAGGAGAGGAAUUCGAAUUUGUCCACAAAUCUACAACAACAAAUCAUCAUGCGAGCUGCUACUGUUGCGGUUGCCUUCCUGCUCUCACUUCCCGUGGCUGCAGCAGGCGUUGUGCAGUCGACAGUGGAUCAGGAUGCGGAACUGUUCAGCCUCGAACCCCAUGCGGCUAACGAAAUGACGAAAGGGAAAGGUAUUAUUGUUUUGGUAACCGGCAACUCAUAAUCAUGCAAGUAGAGCUAAAACUAAAAUAAUGCACAGCCGCAGUAAGUAUCGCUCGGCCAAAAGAUUACUUCAUCUGAACUAAAUGUUCAUACCAAGCAACUAUUUCAACGUUCCGCAAAAAUACUAAUGCAGAUUCCCGCACCCGCUCGGCAGCGCCUUCCUCGAAGUUGCAGCGUGGGGGGGGGGGUCCCCGAAGACCGGCAGUAUGAACAAAGGUAUCUAGUUAUUCGUAUGGCAUUUUCAUGACAUCAUCAACCAUGACUCCGACCUGCACAGGUAUGGAAACACACAUCAGAAAAAGUUUGAUAGGAAAGCAAAGUCUUGCAUCAGCUAAUGGCGCAAGAUUAUUCAUUGUGCGCUCUGAGCAAUAGCCUCGUACGCUACACGACCACAGGUAAAGCCACACCUCUCGCCACGUCGAACCUGCAGCCGGUCUCGUUUGCACAAACUUCCCUCGUUCCCCAACUGCAGACCCUGUUCUCCAGCAAGGCGCGCCUUCAGCAGGUGAAACACGCUGGCAGCAUCGCGGCCGCUUCCCAGGAACACUUCGACACCCUGGUCGCCGACCUCGCAUCGGACCACAAUGUCACGCGCAGCGACGUGCUCAUCACCAUCAAGUUCGACUCGCUGGACACCGACCACAACGGGGUGCUGGACGGAGAGGAGAAUGCCGUGUGUCCGAAGCAGGCGGACCUGAACAACGACGGGAAGCUCGACUUCGCGGAACACGGCCUGUACUGCAGUAUGCGAACCCAUUCGCAGACCAGUGCGGAGACGUCGUUCACCCAGUUGUUGCUACAACCAAGUGGUCCACUUUCCCAAAUCGCCUCCCCACCUACAUCAUCGCCAGGACAGGCGAGGAGAUUUCGCGGCAUCGGUUUCGGUCCCAAUAGUCGCUUCCGACGAGGACACCGUGAUGCUCAUGGUACCUACAUCGCGGACCCAAUCGAAAAAGACGAGAUCCCCUCCACCACACCGACUUUGCACGCAACCCAGCAGCGGAACAAUGGGGGCUGGUGGGGACGUAAGCCGGAUCAUCCCCCUCAAGAUAAGAUCACCCCCCUCAAGUUUCCAAGAUCACCCCCCUCAAGGGCGUCGGGUUUAGGUUUUAGGGCUUAGGGCUUAGGGUUUCGGCGGUGUCGUCUGGGCCAGCCGUCGCGACGGCGCCGUCGCGACGGCUGGCCCAGACGAUUCCCUUUUGCCCCUUCCUGUUGCGGGUCGGAGGCACGCGCCGCCUCGUCGCCCUCGCCCCCCGCCCUGUGUUUCCCUCCCCGUUCCCCCCUUCGUUGGUUUGCCGUGCUCCCGCUCGGGGGGGCGCGCUCUUUGUGCCGCCUUUGCUGCCUCGGCGGGCGAGGCGCUAGGCGCUUCCGGGCCUCCUCGGGUGGCUGCCCGCCUGUCGCACAUCUUGAGCCAGGAAUCCUCUUGGAAGGCCUUCCAGCAUGCAGAUACCAACGCCG